CCGAUAAUAGUUGGCAGCAUUUCAAUGAGUUAUUAUUUACUCAAUUAUUUCCAUAAACAAUCCAAAAGGUUAGCAGAGAGUUCGUUUUGAUAAUGGUGUUGUAUGUUCAAUUCACACAUUAUUAUUAUGCACCCUACAUUUAUUGGAAAACUCUUCAACCAUGUUCAAAUCGCUCAGAGUCUGCUCUUCUACAAACGACUCUCCCUGGAAGGACAUUUUUCCAAAGGGGCGUUGCCAGACGAUGGACCAAUCAGUGCUCUGUUCUCUUCGGAGGGUACGGAAAAAGGACUUCAACAGAAGCAAACUUGAUGGCUCUCACAGCUGUCCAAACUGAGAUGAGAUUCCAUCGCACUUAGUGAGAGUCUCUUCCAUGCUGACGGGUUACGUUUGCUACAUUUGCUGUUUGUUUGCGGUUGGAUUUAGAUAUUCUACAGGCUGAUGAUAUAUUCCAAUAGAGAUUCAUUCCAAUCACUCCAUUUCCCGACGGCAUUCAUAGUCUUUAGCCAGUUGUUGUGAAUAAUAUUGUUUGUGUUUCAGAUCUCCAGCGUUAGAGCUUCCUGAUUCUCACCAGUUGUCCGACACAACGUCCUGUUUAGAGGUAUGCAACCUUCUCUUAUCAUAUUUGCUACUUCAACCACCGGUCUGUUUAUCAUUUCAAUCCCUUUUUACCCUUCAGGAGAUGGAAGUACCACGCGACAUGUUCGAGGAACCCAACGACAGUUUGAACAAGAAUGACGUUCCCAUUUCACCUCCAGACAACUGCUCCAGGGAUUCUAGUCUGCGUCACAAACAACUCCACACUGACAACAACAACCUGCAGCCGAGGGACGAAAGGCCUUUCCGGUGUGCCAUCUGUCCCAAGGCGUUCCGACUUUCCUCCACACUGUCCGCACACAAGAAGCUGCACGACCAAAGAGGACCCGGUCUACGGUGUGAGACGUGUGGACGAGUCUUCACGCAACCCAGCGCUCUCUCCAGCCAUCGACUGCUGCAUCGGUCGGAUCGGCCACACAGCUGCAGCCUCUGUGGAAAGCAGUUCGUUCGGCUGCAUGCCCUCGUGCUUAGUCACGCGAACGAACGACCCUACGAGUGUGACCUGUGUGGAAAAGCUUUUACCGAAAAGCACGUGCUCGUACGCCAUCGCAAGACGCACAGUAACGAGCGACCCCAUGAGUGUGCCGAUUGCUCGAAGGCCUUCAAGGAGCGGUAUGACCUGCUGCGCCACACGCUCAUUCACAGUGGACUGCGGCCGCACAAGUGUCCCGAUUGCUCCAAAACCUUCGUCCAAUCCAAUGCACUGGUUAAACAUCGAAAGUGUCACGAACGGGAACGCACCGUUGGCCAUCAUCAGUUGAACGCAGCUUCCUUUGCUGUAACUAGGGCCGAAACUACGUGUUGCUAAGUGGAACAGUGACGCAGUGAGAGAAGCAACAAGUGGUUAUGUUGAUUUGCAGAGUGUAAAUAGAAACGUGUUUGAGCAAAUGUUGUUGUUAGUGUCUUUGGAAAGGCAUUCAGAGGAAGUGUGCAAUUAAAUAAAGUGUGUAUAUAUUCACAGACAUGCUUCUGGGUCAUCUUAAUAAUGGUUUCAUAUGGAAUAUUAAAUUGACGGACGCUCUGAAAAUGGAUGUUUUUCCUGUUUUAGUGACACUAUUGAACAAAGUCACUUUACAUUCCCUCACUAAAUUACCUACGCAAACAACUGAUGUCACCCCAAACCAAAAGGGAC